AUGCCUUCCAACUCAAAAAAAAACCGAGCCAACAAGGCUUCAAAAGAAUCAACUCCGAAACCCCGAAUCAAAAAGCCGCAACCUCCUCCGAAGACAUACCCCUCCGAGAGCGAAUUCUGGCAAUCACAAUUAGCAACGGAAACCAAGGAGCAGGAAGCAGCAAGAAUGGCUGCAGACCUCGAGGUCUUUCGACGCGUCGAGUUUAACGCCGCUCUUGCGGAAUUGGAGGAGGAGGAGAAGAACGGAAAGUUUCGCUACAUCGUUGCCGCUGAAGCUGCUAUUGCAGCUGCGAAGAAGAGGAGGAAGAAGAACAAGAUCGGCGCUGGGAUACCGCUGCUAAUUUGCAGCUGGAGAGGGAGAUGGAGGAAAGAGAAAUUCGACGAACCGGUAAUUGAGCAUACCGCUCUGAAGAGAAAUUUUGGAGUCUAUUGA